AUGUUUACUUGCUAUACAUACCUAACACUUCCCAUCUAUUAUGUAAUACAAAAACCCUACCAAAAGCUCCGGAAAUCACAUUUUCAACGAUCAGUACAGUUGGACGCGACGGACCCGUACUCGCCAUGGGUUCGGACACAAGAGACCAAAUUUCAUGUGUUGACUACCAGCGCGUCGAUGGCCGAGGCGUCCAAAAUGAUGCGCCGACUCUACCCGUUGGACAGGCGGUGCAUCGGUUACCGCAAUGUCAUUGAGGAGACCGUCUGUACGGACGCCGACGGACUGGCCGUACGUCUGGACGGAAAAGUGUUGCGAAAGUUGCGCUUAAGUCCGUACGUGUGGUUCACGUACGCCGACGUCUACGAUAGGAUUGAUUGUAUAGCCCGUGGACUAGUGGUCAACGGCUUUCAGCGCAGGGAUAAAGUGGUUGUGUUGGCCGAAACCUGUGCUGAUAAUCUUAUUUUUAUCCAGGUGUGUUUAAAAAUCGGCGCCGUUAUGGUCACCGUAUUUGCCACUCUGGGUGAUGAGGGAAUUUCUCACUGUAUUAACGAAACAAAUGCGGCCAUAAUUUACACGACAUAUGAUUUGUUGCCAAAAGUGCAGAAUAUACUGAAAACGUGUCCAAAAGUCAAUACAAUUAUAUUUGUGGACAAUAAUAGCGAUGCCAUUAAAAACAAUAAUACCACUCAAUUUGAGCCCAACAUCAAACUACUAUCAACUACCGGUCUAUACAACGAUGGUAAACAAGAGCAGACCAUCGAGCUAGAUGGACUGGAACUGCACCCUGAUGAAUUACAAAUUAUAUCAUACACUUCGGGCACAACGGGACCGCCGAAAGGGAUUGAGAUGACUGGCGCUCAGUUGGUCAGAGCGGGAGUGUCCACAUCGGCGGCGAUGGAG